UGCACGCUUUGAAUUUAUAAUGAGUUCAACUUUGUUAAUGUGUGUGAUUCCUAAAGCAAAUUAUAAUGAAAUAUAUAAUAUUAUCGAUCACGAUUUAUUCUACAAUUUUUAUAUGUAAGAGUGUGUUUGCAUCAAAUUCAUAUGAGUGUAAUUAUUAUAACUCAUGUGAAGAGUGCAUCAAAGGUUCUAGCAAAUGCGUUUGGUGUGCUGAGAUUCAUUUCAACGGCACAAGAUGUAGAUCUGAAAAAGAAAAUCUUAAAGAAUGGUGUGUUGAUAAUAAAAUAAAUCCAAAAAGUAACAAGAGACCAAGCGAAAACCCGCUGCCCUUCAAUUCUAAAACGGAUGAAGUUGUACAAAUUAAACCGCAAAAAAUUACAAUUGACUUGAGACCAGGAGAUUCCAUCGAUUUCGACUUUUCUAUUAAACUCGCAAAAGAUUAUCGAGUAGAUUUGUAUUUUCUUGUCCAUGCUACGAAUUUUAUGAGAGAAGAGAAGCAAAGAAUCAUCGAUGACUGCUUAACAAUUAUUGAAGAAGUUAAACAAAAAAAACAAUACGUAUACUUUGGAACUGGAGUAUUUAUAGAUAAAGAUCCUUUUAAUAGUCCGGUAAACAGCACGUAUUCCUUUCGCAAUAGAUUAAAAUUAACUAGAAACUAUCAGGAAUUUCAGGACGCAGUAAAUGAUUCGUGGUUCGGAUCUAGCGCAAACAGACCAGAAGGCACUUUAGACGCACUCUCGCAAGUAAUAAGUUGUGACCCAGAAAUUCUUUGGGGCAAUUAUUCUACAAAAAUUAUAAUUGUCUUAACAUACGGUCCAUUUCGUAGUGCUGGUAAAGCAAACUGGGCUGGCAUAUAUCGCCCAUACGACGGGAAUUGCUACACAGAACAUGGCAUCUACAAAAAUGAAUUAAAAAUGGAUUACCCAUCAGUUAGUAUUAUCAACAAAUUGGCAUCAGAGAAAGAAGCAAUAAUUAUUUUUAUGGGGUCCAAUAAAAAGCGGAGUUAUAAUGCAUUACUGAAAAAAGGUGUAAAAGAUUCAGAAGUUUCUGUUAUUAAGAAAACGGGAUUUUCAUUGGAUGUUUUGAGAGAACAGUUUCAGAAAAUAAAACAGUAUUUAAAAUUAGAAGUUAAUAUGGACCCUACCUUGCGUGAAUAUAUAAAACUUUCGUUUAGUCCCGCUUGCAAUCUUGAAAAGACAUUGAAGGAAUGUCAGAUACACAUUGACGAAGAAACGAAAUUUACAACAAAAGUAACACUUUUAAAAAACAUAGAAGCUGAUAAUGUUGAUGUAGGUAUAUUAUUUGCUAAAGGAAUUAAAGAAAAGUUAAAUUUAAAUAUUAAUAUUAUAAAAACAUGUAACUGCUCAGUUACAAAAAAAGCGACGCAAUGUAGUUCUAAAGGCACUCUGAGAUGCGGCAAAUGUGAAUGUAACGAAGAUAGGACCGGUAAAAAGUGUGAGUGCGACAAAAAGUCGCCAGGCAUGAAUCCAAACGACAACUCGCCUUGUAUUUCCCCUGCAUCAAGUGACGGCGGAAUAAUUUGCAGCGGGCAUGGGGCCUGUGUAUGUGGAGAGUGCAUUUGCAUUAACAAAGAUUAUACAGGAAGCUACUGCCAAUGUCACAAGAAUAUGUGCCCGCAAUAUAAUGACAUGGCGUGUUCAGACCACGGUAAAUGUAUAUGCGGUGAGUGCAUUUGCGAUCCGGACUUCACUGGCAAAGACUGCCGGUUCUCCAUGGCCAAGAACAAUUGCAUGGAUGGCGAAACCGAAUGCAACGGUCGAGGCGAAUGCAUAUAUAACAAUUGCGAAUGCAAGGAUCCUUCUGCGUGGGACGCGCGACGCAAUGGAGAUUUGUGCCAACUGAAAUACUCCGAAAAAUCCGGGCACAGCCACCAAUGCCAAUUACUCGAGCCAAUCGUCCAAUGUUAUUUGAACCAAGGGGGCUGCGAGCCUAAUACGGAGAUCAAUAUUACUGGUGUCAUAAAUUUACCUGGCAAUAAUUCGGCCAAUGACAUGGCAAAUAAUACGGCCAAUUAUUCGGAAAAUUCCACUGUUAUUUAUAUAUCAAAUGCUACGGCAAAUAAUUCAGCCGAUGCUUGGUUCGAUUGCCCAAAUAUUAAAACUGGUCUCGGAUGCUACACCGCGUUCCUUUACCGGUAUAAUGAAGACAGUUAUGGUAUGAAGAUUAUAGUACAAACAAAUGCCAAUUGUGCUGAAACUUAUUACAAGUUCGGAGGAAUAUGUGCAGUCUUGCUGAUAGCUUCCGGCGUUAUAGGACUGGUCGCUUGGAAGUAUAUCACUACGAUUCGUGACAAAAGAGAGUACGAACGCUUCGUGAAUGAGGCGGGAAUAAUAGGUUCAACCUGCGAGAAUCCGCUUUACGCACCGACUACCACGACCUACAGCAACCCAAAUUUCAGAAAAAGAUCGAACCGAAGAAAAUUCAGUCUUAAUUAGUUUAUCAUAACAAUUAAACUUUAAAAAACUCCUGACUUUAGUGUACAUUA